AAAAGGCCACUGUGUUCACGCACAAUUAUUAUCCUACAGUUCUUUCCAAUUUCAACCAUGUCAAACUACCCCAACCAGCCCCCUUCCGGCUACCCCUACGGCGCGCCGCCGACUUCCCAAUCGUAUCCCUCCGCCCCGUACGGCGCCCCUCCGACCUCCCAGUCGUAUCCCUCCGCUCCUUACGGAGCUCCUCAGCCAGGUGCUCCACAAUAUCCCCACCAACCCUCGCCGUACGCCCCUGCCGGCUCCCCGUACUCGGCUCCGCAGCAACAUGGCGGCCCGCCGCCUCACCAGCCUUACGGCGCCCCGCCGCCGCACCAGCCUUACGGCGGCUAUCCACCGUCCGCCCCGUACGGAAGCCCCUUCGGCGCCCCUGUGGCCUCCGAUUUUCCACCCGGUACUGAUCCGACCGUGAUCGCGCAAUUUCAGGCGGCCGAUCGGGAUAGAAGUGGAUUUAUUGACGAUAAGGAGCUUCAGGCUUUGUUGUCGGGGUAUAAUCAGUCCUUCGGAAUGAGGACUGUUCAUCUGCUUAUGUAUAACUUCACCAACAGCAAUGUCAGAAAGAUAGGUCCAAAGGAAUUUACUCAAGUAUAUUACAGUCUUCAGAAUUGGGGGGGAAUAUUCGAGAGAUUCGAUAGGGACAGAAGUAACAAGAUAGAUGCAACAGAAUUAAGAGAUGCUCUCCUUAGUCUUGGAUUUUCAGUUUCGCCUAUGGUUCUUGAUUUACUGGUAUCCAAGUUCGAUAAAAACGGCGGCAAAAACAAGGCCAUUGAAUACGACAAUUUCAUUGAGUGCUGUCUCACUGUUAAGGGACUGACUGAAAAAUUCAAAGAAAAGGAUACCCAAAUGACUGGCUCGGCAAAUUUCAACUAUGAAUCGUUCAUGUUAACCGUCUUGCCUUUCAUCAUUGCUUAGGACAAUGUAGCGUAAUUUGUGACUUCCGACGUUGUUGUUUUCUUUUUGUACUGAUUUGCUCUGCUUUCUUGUGGAAUUUCCAUGUAUGAAUUUUCUUCGUUUUUGCUGAAUUUUUUUUUUCUCUAUGUGGUGUAAUCCAAUAUUACUCGAUUUUCUUUCGCCUC